AUGGAAGUGACGGGGAACGAAUCGUGUCCCGAGAUAGGCCUCCGGGCUCUGACGCUGUACACGGUGCUCGUGGGCCUUCCGACGUCAGUCCUCUACGUCUUCCUGGCCGUCGUCUUCGUCCGCCACGUGAACGCCUUCCAUCCGCUUUUCUCGUCAGUGCUUAUCCACUAAACGCUUUUUCUUCCCUCGAGUGGCCUCCGCACAUCUGUUUCUUGAGGCAGAAGAAGGUUCAGCUGGGUGGUUGCAGAAACAAGGGGAAAAAAAUGUGUUGCACCAAGAUACUCACCAAAAAUCGUUGCGUAUUUAUGUCCGAACACAAAUGGUUGGAUAUUCGCGAGAAAAUUGAGGCGAACCAACUUGAAAGGUCUUGAAGAAUGUGGAGAUUUCACCUUCACUUCUGAGCGGUUUCAAAAAGGUUGCUCUUCAGAUAUGAGAAAAAAAUAGUCUACACUUUGAUCAACUGCAAAAUCUCAAUCCAUUUUGUGGAAAUUGAACUUUUAAACUUUAACUAGCGUUUCUCUUACAAGGGGGUAAUUUCCCUUUGUGGUUGGAAGCUUCUUAAAAAUUACUCAGAACACUUUUUGAUGUUAAAAAAAUUAAAUCCUGGAACUCUCAACCUAUAAAACUUCCUAGUUGUCCAGAAAAGAAGACUAAAUUCUCCAAAAUAGCUUAUUUCAGAAAAUGUUUUAGGGUUUUCUUCGACUUUGAGGUGUUUUUUUUUCGAAAACUAGGAAGCUAUGCACAUUGAACCUUUUAGAAUCUGGUACAUCUAGGAGUGUUCUAGCCAAUUUUCGAGAAAUCUGAUAAAAUGACCUUCCUUGUAAUUUACAGUUUUUCACAGAGAAAUAACAAAUUUUAUGUUUUUGGCUCAGUCCGUCGGAUGAGAAAAAGUAUUAGUUUCUCACGGCUAGAGCGACUUUGAACUAACUAUAAAAUAGUUUUCCUAUAAAUAAAGAAUACCAAGCUCAGAUAUCUAAUUAGAGUUUGUAAAAUAACUAUAUUCUAUGUUCUGGAAGUUGACUAUAAUCUAUUUACUUCAGAGUCUCAUUCUUCUUGAUAAUUACGGCGUACACGAUAUGCAACGUGGUGAUGUCGUGCCGGAACCUCAUCGAGUUUGUUAUGGACCGAAAUAUCGUUUACACCGUCUUAGAGUUCAUUUUUACCUUGGCCAAUUACUACAUCCAACCUAUAGGUGAUUACUUUUAUUUGGUUCGUGUCAUUAAAAAGUUUAAAAAAUUACGCUUUUUUGAAACCAUUGAAAGUAACUUUCCUAAAGCCAAACAAAUUUAUGUGUUUUUUGUUGGAAAAGAAAAGAACACAAAAGAACAAGUUUUUGGACGAGAUUAUCCAAUUUUCAGUCGUUCUUUCUCUUUUGGAACGGCUUUGUGCGACAAUUUGGGUGCAGAGCUACGAGAACUCGCGGCCUUGGGUCGUCUAUUCACUCGGCCAAAGUGCUUGCGUAAGCUUUUUCAGCUGUAACUUGAGUUGAAACCGAGAAAAAAAAAGAAUGACGUCGCUGGGAACAGAUUUACAUGAGUGAGAGCCUUUUGGAACAACUUUUCGAGAGAAAAAUCUUUUGAAGUUCUGCAAACAGAAAAGCGGAAAAGUGCAGAUUUUUUACGGUCAAUUUAUCUCGCUUUCUGAAAAAAAAAAAGGAAAUCAAACAUAAAAUUAUGUUAUAGACUCAUCUCCGUUGAUUCCACUUACUUAUAGACUGAUAAAUUUGAAUUUCAGAAUAUAUUCUUAACCAAUUUCUUUAAAGUUGAUGGAUGAAAUGUAGAUUUCACACAAUCAAGAGCUUUACGUGAAUUUCAGACAUAUUUGAAGAAAACGUUUUGAGCUUCCAAAGUUCGCUUCCAUAAUACGCCUUUGACUAGGGUUGUCACACUUUUUUUUUGCAGUUUUUAAGUAAAUGACUAAGUAUCGUAUCGUGGUUUAAAAAGCUUGACAAGCUCAAGAUUGAGAUACUAUUAAAAAGAGAAAAUGCAAAUUCUUAAAGCUCAUUUGGAGUAGAGACCGAAACAUUCUUUAUUUGCAGGUAGCGGUCGUCAUCUUCCUCUAUCAUCUCAACCAAACUCAAGAGAAAAUGACCAACAACGCCCAGUUCAUUCUUUCCAUUAUCAUCUCUACGGUGUGUUGAAAAACUGAGUUCUCUGAAAUAUUAUUUUUCCAGUGCCUUGUCCUGUUGCUCGUAGUCAAUAGAAGGCUGACACUGGCUUCCCGAGCAAGAUCAACUCUCACAACGCGAUAUCAACUGGCUGAGAAUGUUAGAGCUCUCAGGUAUCUUAUCAUGAAAUCUUAGUAUGAGAAAUGCUGACAUUAUUGUAACUUAAAUUUUAACAUUAAGCAUUAAGAAAAAUUAUUUUUCUUUUUCUCUAAAGUUUUUUUCUAGAUCCGUCUUUUUUUCCAGCUUAACUUAAAAAAACUCCAUAAUGGUCCUAGAGAGGCAACCUUAGGGGCCCUUGAAGGUUAUGAUCUAGGAACCACAUUACCUCUUCCUAUAGGGGCCGCUUGCAAAAGAGGCCUUUCUGCGCCCGCUAGGGGCUUUUUUCCCUCACCCCUAUGAGGAUCUCUCUGACCUUUCUAAAAAAGUUAUCGUAAAUCCAGAGAUACCUCAUUUUUCGAAAGGAUUUUCCAUUACUCAAAGAAUACUUCAGGAUAUUCGUACCGUUCAUUGUGAUGGACAACAGCAUCUGGCUGAUGUUCGUCCUCACCAAAUACCUAUUCAACGUCGGUCGCACCUUCUCACUAACCUCCUGCAACUCCUAUCGCUACUACUUUCCACUCUUCACCUUUUUUAGAACGGUAAAUCUCAGCUAGAAAUCUUUCCUAAUCUCUGAAUGAUUCAGAUAGCAAUGAUUCUGCAAAUCCUCAUGCCGAUAGCCGUUAUCUAUCAACAAGGAUCGGUGAAGGCGUGGCGACCUGAGUGCUGGCGAAGAUCCAACAAAUCUCAAGACUCUGCGCAACUCAAGAAAAAGUUCAAGGUGCGUGACUUCUACAUUCGCCAAGAGUUUGAUCUGAAUCUUCAACAAGUCUCGCUUUUUGCAGGUCCGCAACGUCUUGGGAAUGGACGUGGCUGGACACGAAAGCCCUGAAGAUCACUUUGCUCAACUCCGACUACAGUGGUACCGCAAAUACUGA